AGCCGCUUUUCCUUUUCUCCUCCUAUCAUUUCUGGGAUUCACCACUCUAGAUCUUGCAAGAAAUCCAUGUCAUAGUCACAGUGGAAGUACAUGAUCCUUGUCUCCGUGAGGAAGUUGGCCAUUUCGCUUCAUAUGCCUAACAAGGCACCACUACACCUAUUUGAAACAUUGGUAGGUCACUGUUUGCUCAUUAUUUUUCUAUGCCUCCUAUUUUCUCUUAUAAUUUCGUUUUUUUCUAUGUUGAUGUAUUGAUACUUCUCAACAUUAUUACAAUGGUUUUUUCGGCCUUCCGUUCUACUACACUUUCUAACACCCUUCUAUCUGCAUGUUCAAUUCGUUGAAGUUGUUCAAUGAAGAUUUAUUUUGGUAGAUCUAUAUGCAUGUUAAUGCAUAUAUGUGUUCUAUGUCUUACAUGUUUGUAGAUCUACACAUAUGCGGUGUACGUAGCUAUAAAACUGGCUAGUAACACAUGAUCAAUUAUUACCAUUUGAAGAUUUAUUUUUGUUUUGGUAGUGUGCAUCCUAGAAAAUUUGUAAUUAGCAUCUAUCCUUUUAUCUAAAGUGAAAUAAUUGGGGUCCGUAAUUUACAUGAUACUUAUGAUACUUGUUAGUGACACCACUAGAUCCUAGAUUGUUGUCCUCACCCGUCUUGAUUUGGAUUGGACAUUAGUGGGGUAAGACAUAUCAUGAUAUUGGAUUUUGAGAUAUUUUCCAUGUACAAUAAGCUCUAUUGCCAUGGCUACAAUGUGGUAUCAACUAAAGACUGCGGUUUUAUGAGCUCGAGGUACAAUAGGACAAAUACCAUGACAAACUGGAAUUGAUAAAUGGUUAAAAAUUGGCAUGCAUGUGUAAAGUAAUAAUCUAGAUGGUUACCAUUAUAAUGGAAGCAAUGGAGACUAAGCGCAAGACGACAUUUGACAUACUUACACAUUUAUAAUUCUAAGAUGAGAAAUAUUAUAGAUAUUUAUAGUGGAAUGGAUCAGGAAUAAGAAAAUAUUUUUCUGAGAUUUUCUAGAAACGGGUAGUUGUAGUUUUUAGCUAGAAGGUUGUGGACAAUUUUUUCCUAGGGUGAAAAGAACACAAAACUUACUGCAGUGUGUUACUUCUAAUUGAGUACUCACAUGAUGGAAACAAUUACUACUAUUAUCUAUUAAAAAUACUUAACAUUAUUUUCUUAUCUGGCUCACAUGAACAAGAUAUCAUACCUCGAUGUCCACCUAUAAAUCAAUCAAAGUGAAGAACAUAAUCACGCCAGGAGAUGUGAUAAUUUGCACACAUGUAUUUCAUAAUAUCUACCAUCAAAAUCAUCUAAGGCGUGGUCAUAUAUCUAUGAGUGAACAUUUGUGCUGACAAUGAAGAUUAACCAUUGAACAAUACCAAUACAACAUGCAUAAAUAAAGUUACAUUCAGGUCAUUUGUUUUCAUGACUUUGAGUGGCCUAAGUAAUUGUUUCAUUUUAUUCUAUGUUAUCCUUUUAUUUCAAGAGAGAGUGCUUAUGUAUGUAGAUUUAUGAGACAUUUUAAUGCUUCCAUUGUCAAGUUGAAAAUAUUGACCACAUAUGUAUCGAUGAUGACAAGAAAUCUAGUUAUUGGUGGAAUUUGUUAGCAUCUUACAUAGUUUUUUAUUAUAAUAAAUAUAAGUAAUUCUAGUUUAAUUAUAAUUCUCCUACUUUGCUCCAUCUAUCUAUCAUAUCCUCAACAUCCAGUGAAGCUUCUUGUUUACUUAUGUAAUGAGUUUUUCCUUGAUAAUAGCUUCUUGUUUACUUAUGUAAUGAGUUUUUCCUUGAUAAUUUGCCUUCCUUCACUACUUCAAUUGAUAACAUGGUUAUUUUGUUGGCCCAAUAGCAUUGUUGCAUGUUACCUAUUCAACAUGAUGGCUGAAAGCAACAAGAAAAAGAAACAAGAAGCGGAAAGUUGGGGUCUCAACAUUCUGAACAUCCCAAAUGAUGUCCUUGAGCACAUAUUGUCAUUCUUUACCUCACGUGAGGUUGUGAAGACAUGUCUUAUUUCUAAGAAUUGGCGCCACCAAUGGAAAUAUGUUCCUACCCUGCAGAUAUGUGAUACUGUCGAUAAUUGCAAUAAGUUUUUGUGCAAUUUCUUGCUUGCCCGCCAUCACAAUCCAAUAAAUUUUUGCGAUCUCCAGUAUAUUGAUGAAGAAACUAAACAAAUGCAUGUCAUGAACACAUGCAUCUUCUAUGUCAUGAAAAUGUGUCAUGUUCAGGAGCUCAAACUUAGUUUGAGGUCUAACUUUGAUUUCUUGAAGUUAAGAAAUCAAGCUCACACCUCCAAACACUUGAGGAUAUUGGAUCUCCAUAAAGUUCACUUAAAAUCUCGAACUGCUGAUUUCUCAAGCUGGCCAUCAUUGGAGGAUGUUGUUCUAAUCAAUUGCAUACUUGACGCAAAGACAAUCAUGUCAGAAUCACUAAAGCGUCUGACUGCUGUAGAUUGUGAAUUUGAUGCAGGGGACACCCGCACUCACAUUUCUACUCCAAAUCUCAUCUUCCUAAAGUUUGAUGAAGCUUGGUUUAGAACUCCUUUAUUUGAAUGUAUGCCUUUCCUUGAAGAUGCAUAUAUGAGAUUUGGCAAUGCUUGUUGGGAUCAUUGUCAAUAUGAUAAGUCUUGGCCAUGUGGUAAUGUGAACUGCUAUGGUUGUUCUUGCAAUAAUGAUAACAAAGAAGUUAGCUUGGUUCUUGAAGGCUUAUCGAAUGCUACUCACUUGGAGUUGAUAAAUGAAUUACCCCACUUGUUCAUUUUCGAAAGGGAUUUGAGACAAUGCCCAAUAUUUAAAAAUCUGAGGACACUAAGACUCAAUGAGUGGUUUUUUAUUGCUGACCUCCACAGACUUAUCUGCAUUCUAAAUAACUCACCCGUUUUAGAGAAGCUUGUUCUUCUACUUUUCAAGCUACCUGAACACAUGGAUGAAGCUAAUAAAUUCCACAGUCAAAAGGAACAUCUCCGUGCAAUGGAGAUGCUUAAUGAAGUCAAAAUUAAAUGUAGAAAGAGACAAGCAUGGGUUAAAACAAUUAUAAAUAUCCUAAUUUCUUUGGGCCUACCACCUGAGGUAAUUGUUAUCGAAGAGACUUUGGAGCAUCCGUUGUGAUAGUUGACUAUUGGAGUUGAGCUUGACAAGAGGAAACAUAAUAUCCAGUACCCUAUGGAUUACAAUUCUUGAUUAUCUGAAAAAGAUAUGUUGGGUUUACUCAGGAAUCUUCUUAUUUGUUUUUUAAUGUUUGUCAUACAUAAGGGGACUAGGUAGUGAAUUAUAUGAAGGCACACACAAUUGAGUAAGCCAACCUAUAGGUGUGCAGGAGCACUAUGAGGAAGUAAACAUUUAAGCGACCGUCGACUGAUCACAAGGAGUGGUGCGAGAGUAAACUGUAUUGGCUACGGAAAGUGCGAAAAGGAACAAGUAU